AUGGUGGAUUGCGUGAUUAAACUGACUCAGAUUCUGUUCAUCUCCUGCUGUUUUCUGACUGUACAUUGUGUACAACCCAACUGUACAUCUGUGACUGACUUUGAUGAUUGUCCAGGGAUUAUAACAGAUUUCUGUCCAGAGAAUAUUGCUUGUGCAUGCAAAGAUGGAAAGCCUUAUUGCAAAUGUCCAAAUUUCAGAGGUCUGUUGGGAAAUUAUUGGUAUAUGGGGGCCAAAUGUGAUCAACUCUGGAAUACUCUGGAUCUGAUUUUAGUGGCAGUAUUGCCUGGAAUAGGGCUGGCUUUAAUAGUUGGUGUAACAAUUCAGACUAUCUACUACUGUAAAAAGAAGUCAAAGAAGAAUAUAGAUGAUCAUAGAGAACAGCCGAGUUCCUUCGGACUUCGACCUCAGCAUAAUUCUGCAUAUGCUUUUGAUACUGAACUGAGUCCUCCUCAACUUGAUCGAGGCCAGAAUCCUUGGAGCUCGUCCCUUCAAAGGAUCUUUCCUGGAAGUCCUGUAUCUCCAUCAUCACAGUUUUCUGGAAGAAAUUACAACUUUAUGACUCAUGAACCCAAAGAAGAAAAUUUUUACAUCCAUCCACCUCGUAACUGGGACAGCUCUCAAGGAACAGCCAGACCUGAAGCAAAUUAUGGGAACAAGAAUUCUUCAACCAUGCACACGAAGCCAUUCUAUAGUUUUUCUACACCAGGAGUUUUUCCAAAGUCAAGCUUUAAUCAAGGAGAUAGACAAUACUUUGGAUACCCAAGUCCUGAAGAGCCAGAAAUCCCUUAUAGGCUGGGACGUUUGCAAAUGAAAUCCAACUAUUAA